AUGGGAAGCCAUCCAAGCGAAUAUAAAAACAGGAUUCUGCUAAUUUUUUUCUUGGUCAAUGUAUUGCUGUUAGGGUUGAUUUUAUGUUGCGUCAUCCUUCAGAUCGUUAGGGACAGCUGUGAGGGGAAGGAUGACCCCCGGGAAAAUGUACCUGUUGCCACACCAGCUCUAGAGGACGUGAUUUAUUCGUGCUCAUCAUGCGUGUCUAUGAUAAAAGUCGAGGAUGCAGACGUUUUGCAAUUGAACACGGGGAAUUCCUCUUACAUAUGUUGUAAAGCAAUCAGAAAGGACAUCAAAUUAGAGGUAGCAAAUACAGGUCAACUUUUGGAGGAGUGCCGCACCAAAGCUGGUGAUAACACUUCUAUUGGGGCACUUCUGUAUAUCAACCUAGAUGAAUGCAGCAAAGAUGAGCCAGGAUUGCACUGGUCCCACGGAACAGGAUCCUCUUAUAUAAAGGGUGGCAUAAUAUAUGAGGACAUGGUCAAAUAUGGCCGACUUAUUGUCCCGAGUGAUGGAAUUUACGUAGUCUACAGUUAUAUACAGUUUGACUCUUACACAGGGGAGAGCACCCUGGACAGGACAAAGCCAGCCAUGCUUACGCUGUAUAAAAAUGGAGGUGAACUGGUGCAUAUGAACAAGUUCAUGCUGCGGAAACAUAGCUAUACCACAAGUCAAGUAGGGCCAAUUUUUGUGCCCUUAAAGGCGGGCGAUAAAAUUCAUGCUGCAGUUAGCAAUUUAAAGAUAAUCUAUAACGAUCCACAGUCAAGUGUUUUUGGUAUUAAUAAAUUAUGAGUUCUCGUCUUGUUAAAAUAAAAGUCCAGU